AUGUAUGGUGAAAAGGGUUUUUAUAGUCCGCUAGAUCGGUCGCAGAUAUCUUUCCUUCCAAUGGAUCUAGAUUCCAUCGAUGAGAACGAUUCCAUAAGUGGCGAGGUGCGCGUUGAGAAGGCUGUUUUCAGCCAAUCCUCCAGUGGAGCCUCGAUAGCAACCUCGGGCAUGAAUACCAUACGGAUGGAGUCGUCUCAAAGUAUAUUCAGUGAGGCUCAUCCCAACAGCAUCCGUAGCCGCGAAGAUGAAAUGGAGAAAUUGUCGAGCUUAUCAAGCGUCUCAUCGCAUGACACUAACAUGAGUCAAGAUUUGCGCUACAAAAUUGUCCUCAAUUUUAGUCCUCGAGAGGUGAAACUUAUCAGAGAAUCCUGGUCCACCAUACUUAACAACGAGGCACCGGGGAACAAACUGACAAACUCAAUUCGGAAAUUGAUCAGGGACUUCGGACUUGCGACCUCAAAGUCGCUCGGUAGUGACGGUCGUUCGAGCUCGGCAGGUAGCAUCCGUAGUGUAGUUACUACCUUGGGGAACAAGAUGCGUGGAGGAGGCUCGUCUCCUGCUCCUCAACCUGCCAAUACCAGUGCGUUCGCCAGUUCACAUUUUUGUGAACAGGCUUAUAUGAACUUAUUAAUCAUGGAUCCUGAUCUGCAAAUAAGAUUCCCCUCUAUAAAGCACCAGUCUAUCGCUUUUGCUGGGGUACUGACGAUGGCGAUUAAUAAUCUUGAAAAUCUACCAGCCCUGGAGAGCUAUCUUACCCACUUAGGAAAGCGUCACGCAAGAAUUAUCGGGAUUCAAAGGAUGGACUUUGACAUGAUGGGGGAUGCAUUUUUGAAGACAAUUAGGCACAGAUUUGGAUCUUUUUCAUCAGUAGAAUUGGAAGAGAUAUGGUCGAGACUAUACUCGUACCUUGCCAACAGCAUGCUACAAUUUGGAAUUGACCCAAUAUUAAAAAUCGACUACGACCAAAAUGUGAUCGUUUUCCCUGUUCCAGAUUUGAUUAAGAAUACUCCUACCACAGUCUCUCCAUUUGAGCCAUCACUGGAAUCCAAUACUCUUCAAGACGAUAAUACAGCGAUUCAUUCCGUAGCUUCUAAGCAUCCCACGAUAUUGGAGAAGGCUACCGAAAUACCACCAAGUCAUCUUUCGACAAGUCAUUCGCGCGAACCAUAUAUGUUUAGCGUAAGGAGAGGCGGACCUAAUAGAGGUCAAAGAAAAGAUACUAAGUCAUCGUUUAAUGGAUUGACGAAGAGAGUAUCGAUUGCUAGGUUACUCGGGGGAAAUUGA